AUGCUAGGAUCGUCGGGUAUUGCAUCAGGGAUUGUGUCGAUGGACGAUCGCGCUGAAAGAGCUCCGCUGUAUCGGGGCUUUUUCGUUUCGCCGAACUCCGACCAGGUAUCAUCGAUGGUUCACAUGGAGCCCACAAUGAUUCCGAACUGUGAUGGAGUGACAAGCAGAAGUGGUUGCUACGAUAUCGUGGUCACGGAUCUAUUGCGUGAUUUUUGGCCGUCAGUUGACCGGCGUAUGCCGAAGGACGAGCCAACCUGCGGAUUCCGCGGAGAACGCUGCGAUUUCACUCUAUUUAUUGUAGGAAUAGUUCUCAUUGUUUUGCUGAUCCUCGUCGUUUGCGGCACCUACGGCAUUCACAAAAUUGUCGAAAAAAGAGCGCUCGACAAGUUGCCGUUCCGCAUUUACCGCGACGAUAUGCAGUUCAUAGACGAGGAACAACUCAAAAGCAUGGUAUCU